AUGCAACUCGGCCUCGUCUCUCUCCUCUUCAUUAUAUUUCUUCUUAUAACGAUAGCCAAUUACCAAGCUAAAAGAGCACCUGGGACCAAACGAGACUCACAGGAAGCAGCUCUGAUGAAUCUAUUCGUCAACCGAUUGAACUUUCUUUGGGAGGAAGGCCAAGGCGAAAGCGAAGAAAAAUGCAACAAAGAUCGACGUGCAGAAAGCAAAGAUACCAGUAAUAGUCCUGGUCUUAAGCAAUCAUCACGAACUGAUGUAUGCAACUUAUAUUGGGACUAUUCUAAGGACAUCGAUAAUGUGUAUUUUAUGGGCAAGAAAAUUGAAGGUGCAUAUCCGAGUUCAUUUCAAUCGAUUGGUAAUGGUUACGCUAAGGAUAGCUAUGGUGUAUUUUAUAUGGGUAUAAAAAUUGAAGGUACACGUCCAUCUUCAUUCCAAUUUAUUGACGGCGGUUAUACCAACGAUUAUGAUAAUGCCUACUGCAUUGGUAAACAAUAG